CUUCUCCUAACCACCCCUUCCUCUUUAAAUCCUGUCUCUCUCUCUCUCUCUCCCUCUCUCACAGUGUUAUCACCUCACCACUCUUAAUUACUAAUAAUCAAAGAUAGAAUCACACAAUCACCAAUUAAAAAAAGGCAUUGCCAACCCAACCGCAGGCGUUAUGAACCCACACCACCAGCACCCGAAGCCGAAGCCGGAAGCUGACCUUCCGACGGCUCACAUCCCUCCGUCGUCCCCUUCUCUCCUCCCUCUCACCCCCACCGCCACCGCCCACCGCCGCGUAGCCAUCGCCGUUGACCUCAGCGACGAGAGCGCCUUCGCCGUCAAGUGGGCCGUCGACAACUACCUCCGCCCCGGCGACGCUGUCAUCCUCCUCCACGUCCGCCCCACCUCCGUCCUCUACGGCGCCGAUUGGGGCGCUAUCGAUGUCGAUCCCAACGACGACCCCUCCCAAGAGUCUCACCAAAAACUCGAAGACGACUUCGACAAUUUCACCAGCACCAAGGCUUCCGAUCUCUCUCAACCUCUCGUCGAAGCUCAAAUUCCAUUCAAGAUCCAUAUAGUCAAGGACCACGACAUGAAGGAGAGGUUGUGCUUGGAGGUCGAGAGGCUUGGAUUGAGUGCGGUCAUUAUGGGGAGCCGAGGGUUUGGGGCCUCCAGGCGGACAAGUAAGGGACGACUCGGAACGGUUAGCGAUUAUUGCGUGCAUCACUGUAUUUGUCCGGUGGUGGUGGUUAGGCAUCCCGAUGAGAAGGACGGUGGCGAUUGUGGCGGUGGAAGUGUGAGGAAGGGGGUCGGAGUGGAGGUGGAGCUACAUCCAGUUCCGGAAGAGGAGCAGGAGUAUCAUGAUGCUGAUGAUGAACAGAAAGAAAGUGAUGAAGGUGAUCAUAAGAAAUGAAGGCUGUUGGGAAGCAAAGAAAUUGAGAAUGCGAUCAAAUUUUUUGUCUUCAAAAAAGGGCGAAAAAGAGAAGAGUGGGUGGGGGUGGAGAGCGUUGGGCAGGGGUACUUUUAUGUCAUGUAAAUUGUUCGUUUACAUUAUUGUUGUUUGACUGUAAUGUGUGCUCUUUCAUCUCUGCAUCCUGCCUAAUCGCCUUCUGCACAUAAAAAGAGUAUUGGCUGAUUGUUAAUGAACUACGUUGUGUCCUCGAGUUUUUAUACUUAAACCCCAUUCAGCUGCCAUCUUAAUAAAGAAACCAACCAUGCGUUUGUUUGAUUUUGCA